AGCCAACUCCUCCCCGCGCUUCACCACGCCCUCUCCGGUUCAGCAGGCACCGCCAUCUCAACAUGUCUUACGUAUCCACUCUCACUAGUGAUUACUCGGCUGCAAGUUCAGCGCCAGUUAGUCCGCGAGGGCAAACUUCAACCUCCUCAGGGAACUGGUCCGCAAGGUCCUCCCGGCGAAGCCGCAGAGGAGGAGGGGGCUUACCGGGGCAUCGUCGACGCCUUUUCGCGGAUCUGCGCGGACUCGGACGCGGGCGGGUGGAAAGCGCUUUUUGGUGGCCUAGCGGGCGAUGUGGGCAAGUCUGUCUUGGACUCUUUCCUCUUUUUUCUAUUUUAUGAGUGGUUUCGGGCGCGGCGGUUGCGGUCGCGUAGUCUGGGAAAGGGGUUGCGAGUAUGGGAAGAGCUGGCAAUAGGCAUGGCGGCGGGGGCCUGCUCGAGGGCGUUCACCACGCCCAUCGCCAAUGUGGUGACACGGAAGCAGACGGCGGCACUGCUGGAAGGGGGGGCGGAGGCGAAGGAGUUGACCCUGAGGGAGAUUAUGCAGGCGAUCCGCGAGGAAAAAGGACUGGCAGGGUUCUGGUCGGGGUACUCAGCGACUCUUGUCUUGUCGCUUAACCCCGGCAUCACCUUUUUCCUGCAGGAGAUGCUCAAGAAAAGCUUGCUGGGCGCUGAGAAGUGGGACAAACCAGGACCACACUUGACGUUCUUGUUCGCGGCGCUGAGCAAAUCCGCCGCGAGCGCCAUCACGUAUCCAUUCCAACUCGCCAAGGCGAGGCUUCAACUUGUUGAAGUAAUCGAGGCCAAACUGGCCGCCUCGCGCGCCGCCAACAAGCUCGCCAAGCAGAGCAUCAUCGGCGUCAUGCGGCAAAUCGUCGACACCGAAGGCGUCGGCUCACUGUACGACGGGCUCUCGGGCGAGCUCCUGCGGGGGUUCUUCGGCCACGGCAUGACGAUGCUGGCCAAGGAUGUCGUGUAUAAGCUGCUCUUCAAGAUCUACCUCGUGGUUGCCGCCGUCUUGUCCGAGAUGCGCCGGCGGAGA